AUGCCGCCACCGCCAGGGCAUCACUCGUCCUCGCAAUCCUGGAGCAGGCCGCUCCUACCACCGAGACCGGCCCCGCCACCCCAAAUGCAGCACCGCAAGUUUCCGCCCUCCGAUGCGAGCCGACGUGAUCCGCAAUCGCCGCGUCCGCCUCCGCGACAACACCUGCUGCGCGAUGACAAGGACAGCUCACCGACCAGUCAAGCCAGGAUCAAGGUUGUCCUCGUCGGCGACGGGGCCGUCGGCAAGACCAGCCUCGUCGUCUCUUACUCUACCAACGGCUUCCCCCCCGAAUAUCAACCCACGGCCUUCGACAACUAUAAUGUUGUGGUCAACGUCGAUGGCCAGCCCAUAAACGUGCAACUGUGUGAUACUGCUGGCCAAGAUGACUUUGAUCCGUUGCGGUCGUUGUGCUACCCAGACACUGAUGUUUUGCUAAUAUGCUUUAGCAUUGUUAAACCAGAGUCUUAUCGCAGUGUGUCCACAAAAUGGAUCAACGAAGUACAAAGACACUGCCCUAAUACUCCAAUUAUUCUAGUGGGAACUAAAAGUGAUCUACGCUCAGAUGUACAAAUGUCAUUAGAAUUAGCCAAGUAUGGACAGUCACCUGUCACAACUAUUCAAGGCCAUCAAUUGGCCAACAGAAUAGGAGCAUCUAGUUAUGUAGAGACAUCUGCGUUGACACAGCAAGAUCUCAAGGAAGCCUUUGAUCAGGCUAUCGUUAGCGCACUCAGCAUGAGGAGGGCUGGAGCAAAAUUAUUGUCCAGGCAUCAAAAGCCACCAUCUGUUUGGCGAAAAUGGCUAUGUUGUUGGGAAAAAUCCUCUUCGUCAACUUCUUCAAGUAGAGCCUAAUACAGCUCUUAUGAUAAACAACAAUCUUGGACUUGCAAACAUUUUUUAACAAUUGUAUAUUUAUUAUUUAAAUUUCAAUCUGAGGCACCAUUCUUCAUUUGUUUCAUACAAAUGAUCAAUUAGAAAGUAUAGAUGAAGAGAAUAAUCAACGAAUCACAAGAUUCCUAUUGAUAUACACUAACAAAAUAAGAUUGUAAAACAAGAUUUUUUUGAACAUGAAUAUCCAACCAACUCAAAGUCCAAGAUCUAGAUAUUAAAGUAAAAAUUUUUUGAAAAAACUCUGUGAUCAAAUGUGGCUGCCUCGCUAUUAGAUUCUUAAACUCGAAAAAGUACUUACACAUACUUUGAUAUUUCGUACUGUUGAUAACAUUUUAAAACAAGCUUUUUAAUUGCCUUAAGAUCAUAGGCAUCAAAAAAUUGAUGCACGCGAAUUAUAUUAUUUUCUUAAUCGUGGUAAAACAACUUGGUGAAUGUUUACAGUUCAUUUAUUAUAAGAAACAAUAUUAUUCAAUUAGGAUAUGAUUUAUUUUAGUCUUCCAAUGAAACUUUGUCUAAGUUAAGAAAUAAAAAGUAUAAUAAAUGACUGAGUAUAAAAACAUUUCUGUAUAUCAAGUAGGAAUUAACAUGUUAGCAGAAUGUAAUUUACGGUUACUGUUAGAUAGUAUUUUACACUAUUUUUUUGUACUCUAUUUAAUAAUUGUUGAUAAGAAUGGCCACUAAUUAGUCAUAUUAAAUCGUGCAUGUUAUCUUACGUCGUAUGGUAGUAUCCAUAUUUAUUUUGCACAAAGAUUUUAUCUAAAUUUACACAUAGUGAAUAUGUAUCAUGCAUAUCACAAAGACGAAUAUGUACUUAAUUUAUUGUAAAUCAUUAGCAUUUUAUUGUUCGACACUGUUAACUUAUUAAUAUAUGACACGUCGUAAUGCACUUAACUUUACGACAACUUGAGUUACACGCGACAAUAAAAAGAAACCAGGCACAUAAUCUUAAAAUGUAUUGUUUGAAUCAUUUAGCAAUUUAUAUUUUACAGUGAAUAUUAUUUGAAAUAAUGUGUUUUACUCAUUAUUCUGUAUUAAGAUGCAAUUGUAAAUUAAAUUUCGUGCCAUAUAAAAUUAGUGUUUCUUUUGUAAAAUCACAAUCUUUGUUCAUAUUUUUUAGUGGUAAAUAUAAUUUAUAAUAAAUCUACGUUACGUAUUACAA